AUGGCCACUACAGAAGAGAUUGUUCAGCGGCUUCACGAGUCUCGCCCGCCAGCCACAGAUGUAGCCACAUUUCUCACCAUUGUCGAGAUGUCGCUGUCCCCAGAGAUUCUGCCUGCGCUACAGGAGAUCCUGGAGGACGUGUCAUUAGCCGGUGACAUUGGUUGGGAUCUGGUCGAGAUGUUGAUCCCCAUCCCGGGUAGCGAGGAGUGUUUGGAGAGCAUUGCGCGACUGGGUAACCCACGAGAGGUCAUCCUCAAGGUCCUUGAGGUCAUGGAGAAGACAACCGCUGCGGGAGAGGAAGCAGAUGAAGAAGAGGUAGAAGAGGAAAAGAAAGCUGCUGCUGAUGGCUCUACGAAUCAAGUGACCAAGGGCGAGACGAAAGCUAUCAGGCAUUUUGUGACACUCUGCGGAAUGCUGGGGAUCCUCCUCAAACGGCUGCAGGUCAAAGCUCCCUCACGAUUCCUACACACCACGCUGGAAACAGUCCAGAGGUGCUACGAUGCCACAAGCGCAGCAUCUACCGCGGCGGUUAUUUCUCUGGUUCAAUCUCUCGCGCGCAAGACACGGCCCCCUUUGCCCUCUCGUAAGUCGAGCGUCAAAUUAGACACGCCGUUUCAAGACAGCGACCCGGCGAAACAAGCGCCAGACCCUGAAGCCGAUCGCUCAGAUACAUUAAACGCAAAUGAGCCGGGCCUGAUUAAUAGCUUACUGCAAUCAUUCAUCACAUGCAUCCUCGAAGCCUAUGUCAAUUCUAAUAGUGUUGAAUGGGCUUCAAGGAUGCUGGAAUACACCUACCCAGAGCGGAUAGUGCCCGGUCGCAAGACUAUGAUUCAGACAUUCAAAGAGGUUGUAGAGCUCCAAGCGAAGGAUGCUUUGCUGGGACAGCUAGUGUCUCUUGCUGGUGAUUUAGGCCUCUCGAAAUUGCCUCCAUUCAAGAUGAAAGAAUACAUCGAGGGCCCAAUCUACCGAGCGCCCCUGUCCAUCGAAUUCGACCCUGCACACCCAGAGCAACUCCAUUUAUCAACAGGUGGCUUGGUCUGCCUGAAUGCGUAUUGGAUGUUUGCUGCCGAUGUUUUCGACGCGGAUCGAGGCCUUCCAACCGGAGAACUACACCCACAAUACAUGCUGCCUGAUCACCAGGCCUUGUUGCAAAGCUUCCUAGGCGAUGAAUCAGGGAACCAGAUCGCCACGAAUCCGGGAACUUUUGAGGCCCUCAUUGUUAUGGCCAUUUGGCUGGACGGACGGAAAGCACUUUCAAAACCCGAUAGCAGUGGAGCUGUUACAGGAUUUAUGCCCUACCACCAUCUUCUGACACUUGUUUCAAUCUUCCACCCAAACAUCCGAGUGCGCAAUGCAACAACUGUUGUCGCAGGCUCAGUCUUACACGCUGAUCCCGACGAGGAAGAUCGAUUGGCUAUUCUGGAAGACUUGUUGGAAAACUGCGUCUUCUCCUCCCUUCAAGCGUGCGCGGUCGCAUGGCUACGAGAGGAGUUGAUUGCCGCGAGAAAGGCUGGCUCGAAAAGCCGCUUCUCCGGCCCAGAGUGCUUCGAAACUAUUCAGUAUACCUUGUUUCCAGAUCUGUCACAUCUCCAACAGGCCGAUGCUUCUGCAUUGCUAGAAUUUUGGGCCCAAAACGCUCCUCUGCAUUUACAAAUCGCUAACUUUGCCUUGUUCCUGUUUGGCGAAGAUUAUAAAUCUCUUGCGCCAGUGGGUAUGGCUGCGGCUAUUGAGCAUCGCUAUGUUGAGCCGCUAUUGCACGCUGCGAGGACGUUAGAGAAGGCUGCCGCCGCGAAGGAGAUUGAAGCUGAUGGCGAGAGUCUGAUGCAGCUCGGAAUCUUGACGGAUACGCUGAGUCGGGUUUCGCUGCAGUAA